AAAAGUGCGUCCAUAGGUCAUUUGGAGGAGACUCAGCGAAUGCUUUUGCCAUGCAUGAGAAAAAAGACCAGAAGGCAUCACAAGCGCAGAUGCCAAACAUUCCUUCAACUGCACCAUGAGAAAUUGGCCAAAAAAGCGUUCACCGUUUUAGGGGUGAUUCGGCGCACUUUCUGCCGUAUUACUCGCAUGGACCUCCAAAUACUCUAUGAAGCCUACGCCACACCGCUUCUUGAAUAUGUGGCCCAAUUUUUCUACGUAGGAUGCAAGAAGGACGCAACCCUCAUUGGGCGUGUCCGACGAGAUGCAACAAAAAUGGUUGUCGGCCUGAAAUACCUGCACUAUGAAACGCAUCUCGUGGUGCUUGACCUAUUUCUCCUGGAGUAUCGCUGCCACCGAGGAGACCUGUUACCUACUUUGCCCCGUUUGAAUAAAGCCUGGCUAACAGUGGUAGCUGCGUGGAAUACCCUCUCUCCGACGGUUGUUCAUGCUCCUUCUAGAGCCCAAAUGAAAGCACUAUUGGACACUUAUUUAUGCGUUAACGUUCGAUGGUGCGUCUACACAGAGCCGGAAAUACGAAAAUGCGAAAAGCUUCGACAGUCCAUCACCACAAUUCCUCAGCUUUCCAUGAUGUACACCCUGACUUGCAUUGCCGGACAAGAUGAAUUUCAGUGCAUGCGGCUCAUUCAUUCCCGGGAAGCCGAUCUGAUAAAUCUGGACGCUGGUCUCGCCUACUACGGCAGUAGCCUGUAUAGUCUUCGACCAAUCGCUGUGGAGAACUACGCGUUGGAUAAUAGUCCUGGUGUACGUGAACUGUUCUACUAUGCCAACGUUGUUGUGCCAAAACAUUUGAACCCAGUGCCUACAAAUCUCCGUGGGAAGGAUAUAUGUUCUGCAGGUGCUGGUACAGCCGAAGGUUGGGUGAUGCCUUUUGGAAAGUUGUUUGCUGACUUGCGAACUAUCCCUGUGACCCAGUGCAACAGUGUGGUUCGAAAUUUGAUUGGAUACCUCGGGGACUCGUGUAUACCCAACUCUUUGAGUGAGGUGUUCAACCCGUUCGGUGACAAUACACAGGAAGUAUGCCAGUUAUGUGCCAAUCGUGGAUUGGAAACCUGGUGUACAACACGGGAUCGAUAUGCACGAAAUCAUGGUGCCCUCAGAUGCUUACGCGAGUACACAGAGAACAUAGAGUCUCUGGUCAAACCAACGGCGGCUUUCGUGCGAGCGAGAGAAAUUGAGUUGGCCUCUGUGGAUGGGUUUCCGAUGGCAGAUUACAAGCUGCUUUGCCCCACCAUUCAGGCUGAUGGCACCUGGACGGCUGAUUUCAACGCCUCCACAACUACAUGUCACUGGGGACAAAUUCCAGCGAGAAUGAUUAUGACGAUUUUGACCGAGCCCAAUGUAACGGAGUUCAACAAUUUCCUCACAACACUGGUGCAAUAUUUUGGUCCGUCAGGGAGUCACCUACAAACCUUCAGCUUGUUUCAGUCCACUGGCUACGGGAAUCCUGAUGAACCAGGUCAGACGUAUGACCUGAUGUUCUCCGAUUUUACUAGGAAUAUCUUCGUCCCACCGGAGGAAGAAACAGCAACGUACUAUCGAUGGAUAAGUCCGAAUUUUUUGGAUGAAUUGCAAAAACUCGAGCAGUGUCCACUUCCCACAAUGAAUUGGUGCGUGAUCGAUCAAUUUGAAAUGGCCAAAUGCGGACGCAUGAAAAGUGCGUUUGCCGCACGCCGUAUACAGCCCGAUCUGAAUUGUAUUCAGGCAGAUUCCGCUAUCGAUUGUAUGCGACUUAUUCAAGAAGGCUAUGCGGACAUGAUCACCCUGGAAGCUGGAGAUCUCUACGCAGCUGGAAAAUACUUUGACCUGGUCCCAAUCGUUGCAGAGAACUAUGGGGAUGGACCAUUUUACCAUGCAGUGGCAGUGGUGAAGAAAGUUAAUCCCGGACUUCUGGUUUCCAACUGGCGACACCGAUUUACCUGUCACAGUGGAGUGGGCAAAGCAACCGGGUGGAUUGUGCCCAUCAACCUAGUGUUGGACACGAGACAAGUGAUCGUACUGAAUGGGCAUUUGUUGUACGCAUUUGCCGAGCUGAUCAGUCGAGCAUGCGUACCGGGUAUCUUGAACGCACCAUUCGACCGAACCGGCAAGAACAACCUCAAUCUGUGCGAACGUUGUACCGGUGGAAACAAGGAUUUGUGUCGCAGAGACCAUCAGGAACUUUAUUACGGCGAUGCUGGUGCAUUUCGCUGCAUGACAGAGGGAGGAGAUAUCGCGUUCACCAGGCAUACGACAGUACACAUGAACACAGCCGGACGCAAUCCUGACUACUGGGCUAGAAAUCUACGCGAAGACGACUAUGAGUUGUUGUGCGCGGACGGUCGGCGUGCUAAUAUCGACCAGUGGGCAACCUGCAACCUGGCCCGAAUUCCCAGCAGCGUGGUCGUGACGGCUAGUUACAAGUCGGAAAACGAGCGAACCAAUAUGUGGCGUCUGCUUCAGUAUGGACAGGAGUACUACUCAGCAGACAAAAACCCAAUAUUUCAGAUGUUUGACUCUGGAUUCGGUCAGACAGAUCUGAUAUUCUCCGACGACACGGAAAGUCUGAGUCUGAUUCCAUGGGAGAACCAAACCUACACGCGGUGGUUGGGGCAGCGCUUUCUACAGCUGGUCGAAAACUUGGAAGUUACUGCUAAUUUGUAUGAAGCUGGUCUGUACAGUGCCAAAGGCAGACUGCAACUAAGUCGAUUGACCAUCCUUACAGCUACUAUUUUUGGAAUUUUGACUUUUGUAGGAUGAGGGUAUUUUGAGCUCUGUUCACCAGAAUAAGCUCAAAGGGUACCGAAAACAAAGCAUCGUGACUUUUUGAACACAUUAUCAAGUGAAUUGUAUAAAAUAUUCCAAGUACAUACAUAUCAUUACAACUAAUGCACUGUAUAGUUCUGCUGGACGUCUUCGCUCUGUUCACCUGACGUUCACGUGCUCUGGUCUCGUAGAUGCACUCUUACUAUCCUGACUUUCAACUCUGAACAUAUUGCUGAGAGCUAGAAAGUCACGUGAUGUGGGCUGUGGCAACCAAUCAAAUGUGUUCUGUCAUUUCAACCAGCUGUUUUGGGGAUGAAACGAAAUGAAAGAAAAAUUUUUUGGAGAUUUUGACUUCUGUGGCGUUUCGGAACUCCAGAACAG